UAAAAAAAUAAUAACAAAUUUUAAUUUCUUGAAAGAAAAAAAAUAAAAAAAAAAUUGACUUCAACAGCUUUUCUCCAUUUACGUCCAAUCAUCCAAUAAUAUUCAUUCAUAUUACCCUUCCUCUCCUAUUUGCCCUAAAAAUCCUUUCUUCUUCUUCCUCUCUCUCCUAUUAUCUUCAGGUUAUUACCCAGCAACUUGCUAUCUUACCUGCAAAUUCAUCUCUCAAAAACAACACUAUUUUUCCAAAAGUAGAAAAAAAAAACACCUGAACUAACUACUAUUACUACUGUAGUAGUUAGUGAGAGUAUAAACUAAAAACUAUAAAGCUAGCAAAAGACAUCUAUCUCAAACAUCAUCAUAUCAUAUCUUUCUUCCUAGAAUUGUUCACAACCAAAGCAAUUUAAUUUAAAAAGAAAAGAAACCUUAACUCCUCCAAAAAAAAAAUCAAACAACUUAUCUUUAGUAUUAUUAGUAGUUGUUAUUACUAUCUCUUAUCAUUUACAAGCUCUUUUGUUUAAAAGUCUGCAAGAUUGCGAUAGGAGAGAGAUAGAGAGAAGUCGGAAACAAAAAUUUUAAAGAACGAAUUAAGAAAAAAUGGAUCUAAUCCCACCAUCAUCAUCGUCGUCAUCAUCAUCAUCAACGACAGCGGGCAGCAACAACGGGCAGCUUAGCAGGUACGAGAAUCAGAAAAGAAGAGACUGGAACACUUUCGGGCAGUAUUUAAGGAAUCACCGACCUCCAUUAACGUUAUCCCGUUGUAGUGGAGCCCACGUGCUGGAGUUUCUCAGGUAUUUAGAUCAGUUCGGAAAAACUAAGGUUCAUAAUAUGGGGUGCCCGUUUUUCGGGCACCCUAACCCUCCUGCCCCUUGCCCGUGCCCGCUUAGGCAGGCUUGGGGGUCCCUUGAUGCUCUCAUAGGCCGUCUUAGAGCGGCCUAUGAGGAAAAUGGGGGACCCCCUGAAAGUAAUCCUUUUGGGGCCCGUGCUGUUAGGCUCUUCCUUCGCGAGGUAAGGGAUUCCCAAGCGAAGGCUAGGGGUAUUAGUUAUGAGAAGAAAAAAAGAAAGAAGGUGACACCGGCUUUAAAGCCGGUGUCACAACAUUCACCAUCACCACUACCACCACCACCUCUCCAGCACCACUAUCUCCACGGCGAGUCCAGUGGUGGAUUGAUCAUUACUGGCUUCGCCGUGGAUGGACAUCAUGGUGGUGGUGCAGGAGAAAGGAGCUAGUUUUUUAUAAAAUGAUAUAUGUUACUAUUUAUUGUUAUGGUAAGUUUUAUUUUAUUAUGUGUACCCUAGCUAGCUUACUCCACUUUUGGAACAAGUGUUAGUUUACCAUUUAGGUAUAUUGGAAUUUGGAAGUGGAAGAAUUAAGUUAAUAGUAGUAGUAUAUAGUAUGAUCUUGAUCUUCUUGUACUAUAGCUAUUACAUACUUUUGGGGACUGAUGUGAUGAAUAUGUGACAAUCAACAAGUCAAAAAUAUACAUUUUGAUUUUGUUUUGCAAUUGGAAUAUGAAAAAUGAUGAUCUUAGCUA